UUUAACUGCGACGUUCACUAAAAUUGAUUUCCUCAAUUCAGCACUCAUACAAAAAAAGCGUCUUUCAUUUUCACUUUCACCUCGAGACGCUAGUCCAAGCUCCCAUAGUCGCGCUUUUGUGUGCUGCGUCACCAGAACAGCACAACUACUCAGAUAUCAAGAUCCAAAUUAUGUCUGGUCAGCGCGUACUAUCAGAGGUGUUGCGCAAAGAACCUCGAAUCGACUCAGGCACUGCGCUCUCUGAUCCAGUUAUCACAUCCAGUAGCCAGUUCUCAGCCAAAAAAAUUCAGAUGCCUGAGCUUCGCAAUACCAAAUACGACUUUGGUGCCGCCAAGGCCCAAUACGGCGAAAAUGAGCUUCAGCUCCGGCAACCAGAAGGCUUUCCAAUCAUUCCUCUUCCUAUCACGAUAGUGCGUGCUUACGAGGAGGCUGCAAUGGCAGCUGCAGCGAGGGAUCACUCUGAACUCGUAUUCAACAUUUACGAAGAUGUAAAUGAUGGUACACGCAGAACGACAGCUGAAGAGGAUCAUGAAAUGAUUGACGCCGACGCUAAUGAAACCGUUGGUGAAGAAGAGGAACAGGUCAAUAACGGCGAUGAAGCCCGACAAGUGGGUGACGAGAACGACCAUGCAGUUCCCCCCAACUCUACAAGCGCGACCAAGAGUGAUCCAAGGCUUGAUGUACACGUAGACAGCCUAGGACGAACACGCGCAGCAGCACAUCGGCGUAAGGCUCUUGAGACCAUACAGCUUGGAGAUCAUGCCGUGGACUUAGCAGGAGACUUGACUAGCAUGGGCAGCAGCAAGAAACGUACAAGUAGCCGUAUCCAAAAGUCCACACAGCCUAGGAAGCAGUCGAUUAGGAAGCCACGCUAGGGAGUUUGAAAGAGCUUUUUCGAGAUUGUUUGGUUCGCGAGAUGUAGCUCGGGGGAAUGGAUCUAGGCCUAGCGGCUUAUGUCGUGUACACCUGUAUUGG